AAACUCAGCAUAAGUAUAGUUUAUAGAGCACCUUUAUAAUUCUACAUCCAUAGUAAUUAGUCAUUAAAAGUCUGUAGCCAUCCAUCUGCAAGAACAACUCAAUUUCAGUAAUUCUAUAGCAAUCAUGGCAGAAUCUCUCCUUCCAUCUGAACAAAAUGUUCGAUCCACCAAACCCGAAAUCUCGUUGGAGGCAUAUGAUGAAGUGAUUCGAACCCUUCCGAAGGAAAAAGGUUGGUGGAGUGAUCUCCGAGAGUAUAAAGGCUUCUGGCUAACAUCUCCUCUUGCCAUUAAUGCUCUCAUGUUCAUUGAAAAACAUGUCAAGUUUGAGCCUGAAGAUAUCAUAUUAGCAAGCUACCCGAAAUGCGGUACUACCUGGCUUAAGUCUUUGCUUUUUUCUACCAUUAAUCGACACCGUUUUGGUUCUUCUGGUACCAACAACCCUUUGCUCACCUCUAACCCUCACCAACUUUUUAUUAGCUUGGAGUUGAUUAUGAAACAAGACCACGAGACUACGCCCUCGCCUCGCCUUUUCUCUACACACAUGGCUUACAGUUUGCUGCCAGAUUCUAUGACUAGUUCCGGCUGCAAAUUUGUUUACAUAUGCCGCGAUCCAAAAGAUGCUUUUGUUUCAAAAUGGCACUUUGCUCAAAAGAUAAGGCCUAAAGAGAUGUCACCUCUUUCAUUUGAGGAAGCAUUUGAGAUGUUCUGUAAUGGAGUCUCUCACUAUGGACCUUUUUGGGAGCAUGUGUUAGAAUAUUGGAAGGUUAGCUUAGAAGAACCCAAUAAGGUAUUGUUCUUGAAAUAUGAGGAUCUAAAAAGAGAGCCUGUGGUUCAAGUGAAGAGACUGGCCGAGUUUUUGGGCAAACCCUUCGCGGUGGAAGAACAGAGUGUUGUGGAAGAAAUUGUAAAGCUGUGUAGUUUGAAGAAUCUGAGCAAUUUGGAGGUGAACAAAAGUAACAACUUCAUUCAUUCCGUGGCUAAAUUUUCCGAUUUCUUUAGGAAAGGUGAAGUUGGAGACUGGAUUAAUCAUCUCACACCUGAAAUGGCAAAGAAACUUGAUAGCAUUACAAAUGAGAAGCUACAUGGCUCUGGGUUAACUCUUGCUGCUACAUCUCCAUAGAUUUCAUUUUAAUAUCCACAUUUCAAUAAUUAUGUAUGUUCUUUUGUAUUAUCUUUAAUCAAUUUUCGUUGAUUAAAACUAGUUUAAUUUCUCA